CUGCCCGGUGCCCGCGCCGCCCCCGCGGUCCCCGCGGCUCCCCGCGCGCCCCCUCCCGCCCCGCGCGCGCCUCCCCUUCCUCGCGGCGCCGUGGGCAUGGGGGAGACGCCAGCAACAGAUGCGGGGAGCCCAGAUUUGCAGCCUUAGGCCCGGCCGAGCUCCUUGAGGUGCGGAGACUCCCGCACCCCGAAAACACGGUCCCCCUCCUCCCCCUGCCGCCACCGGAGAGCUCGGCGCCGGGGCCCGCGCGCCCGCCUGCGGCCGCCUCCUCUCCCCCAGCCAUGCCGGGCCCCGCGGCCGCCGCGGGCCGGGUGCCCUUCCCCAGCGCCAAGGAGGAGGUCCGUGCGGGGCUCGAGGGCGCGGGGGGCGCGCGCGGGGAGCGCCAGGACAUCGUCUGGAGGAACGUCGUCCUCAUGAGCCUGCUGCACCUGGGCGCCGUGUACGCGCUGCUGCUCAUCCCCAAGGCGCAGCCGCUCACCCUGCUCUGGGCCUCCUUCUGCUUCCUGGUGACGGCGCUGGGCGUGACGGCUGGUGCCCACCGUCUGUGGAGCCACAGGUCCUACAAGGCCAAGCUGCCUCUGAGGAUAUUUCUGGCUGCUGCCAACUCCAUGGCCUUCCAGAAUGACAUCUUCGAGUGGUCCAGGGACCACCGAGUCCACCACAAGUACUCCGAGACCGACGCUGACCCCCACAACGCCCGCCGCGGCUUCUUCUUCUCCCACAUCGGGUGGCUGUUUGUCCGCAAGCACCGGGACGUCAUCGAGAAGGGGAGGAAGCUGGACUUCACGGACCUGCUGGCCGACCCGGUGGUUCGGAUCCAGAGAAAGUACUACAAGGUCACCGUGCUGCUCAUGUGCUUCGUGGUCCCCACGCUGGUGCCCUGGUGCGUCUGGGGAGAGAGUCUGUGGAACUCCUACUUCCUGGCCUCCAUCCUCCGCUACACCAUCUCCCUCAAUGUCACCUGGCUGGUCAACAGCGCCGCCCACAUGUACGGAAACCGGCCCUAUGACAAGCACAUCAGCCCGCGGCAGAACCCACUGGUCACCCUGGGUGCUAUCGGCGAAGGCUUCCACAAUUACCACCACACCUUCCCCUUCGACUACUCUGCAAGCGAGUUUGGCUUGAAUUUCAACCCCACCACCUGGUUCAUUGACUUCAUGUGCUGGCUGGGGCUGGCCACCGACCGGAAACGGGCCACCAAGGCGAUGAUCGAGGCCCGGAAGGCCAGGACUGGAGACGGCAGCGCCUGACGGGGACCCCCCACUGGCCGCCUCAUCCCCACGGACACCUGGGCUUGUGCUUUUGUUACUCUCGUUCUUUCGUCCACUGGAACGCGCUCAGGGUCAGAGGGUGGGGGAGGGAACAGGAUCUCCGAGGUCUGGGGAUUUUUGUUUGUCUGUCUCAAUCUAAUGUAUGAUCCACUCUCAACGAAAACCACUUCCAAAGUCGGUGUUAACUCUGAUUUCACAUUAGCCUGUGGACGUGUGAGUAUUCAGUCAUCGCUGUAGCUAUGAUUUGUCAACCUCCAUUUUCAUGUGCUUGUUGUGCGUGAGGUCCACCCCGACAGGAUGAAGGAAUUGAAUAUUCUUUCAGUGUCACCCGGGAGGAGAGCACUUGUUUUCUUUUUUAUUUUUUUUAACCGAGGAACCCAGCAUCAUUUCUGAACACAGCAUCUGAAGGAGCAGAGAGAUAGGGUCGGGACCAAAGCGGAAACCAAGCGGAAACGUCGGAGCAUUUCUGUCUCGUAAUUAUCAUGAGCAUCUUCUCAGUGUUGCUUUCUGAAGAGGAGUGAGAAGUUUACCAAAGGCGAUUAUGGGAAACGGCUCUCUUAUUUUUUUUUUUUGCCCUGUUUACGGCUUGCUGAUGCUCCGCUAUCUGCUUCCGCGGGCACCUCUCACUCCUCCACUCAUGCCGGUGCCAGCCUGCAUGCCCUGCCCGCCCUGUCCACCAGUGACCGUUUAGGUGUUUGAUUUGUUCUCUUUGCUAUUGUCAUUUUAAAGGUGUAUAACUCCGAUGUGCCAGACAUCAAAUUAAACUCAAAUUAAGCUCUCAUUUAAAUGUUUAGAUACCUAAUUUGUAUUCUAAUUGAUCCCAGCCAGUAAUGCAUGUACUUUAGCUACUUCUGCUAAGUAAGCAUAUUAAUUUUCCACACUAGGCCAUCAGAUCUUAAUAACCGACAGUUAUCUAGAAAUCCAUGUCUACUAAUGUGUCACCUGCAUGCAGCCUCCAUUGAUUUUGCAGCAAAAUAUAAAGUGAUCAUUAUGUAGCUUAUGGAUUAAAAAAAAAAGAAAAAAAGAUUUUUUUAUGUGUUAAGUUGCCUUGUAAAGAGCAUGUUGAAUUAAUGGGACAACUUGCCCUUUUUGUUAGAUGUUAGAGCGAAAGAAAGGCUUGUCGUGUUGCCAUCGGAGCACUUUGAACAUAGAGACUUUCAGGAAAGAAGUAGGGUUUAAUGUUUCCAUUUAAAACUUUUGCAAAAGGAGUGAUGCCAGUAGGAAAAAUAUCAUAAUGAAAUUCUUCAUCCCGCAGGUGUUUAACUGUGUUAUUUUGCCAUUAAUAAUGUGUAAACUAUGAGUGAUUUACAAUAAAUGACUGUGACUUCA